AUGUUGUUAGUGGCUCUCCCACUCAAGGGGCGCCCUCAGCAGCUCCAGCUGAUCUUGCCUGGAUCCACACAAGCAAAGCAGCUUGUCUGGGGCAACAAGAUCCUUGAGAGCAAGCAGACUACAACAGGGUGGGUCUGCGCCAGUGCCACGCCUUGAUGAUGUGCUGUGCUGACGUUGAAACACACCCUAUCCCGGGUCUACAGGCAAAGGAUCCAGAUCGUCCGUCUUCCUACCUGGCCUACCUCUUCGCUUGCCUCAACAUUGAGGAUGUGCAAGUCUUGCCUCUGUGCUUGCUGCCAGAUUGGUGUGGCGCCAAGGAGCUCCACACCAUCAAGCACAUGUUCAUCAUGGCUUGCAGAGGCAUCAUGCGUCUUGCCAACACCUCGCCUGGCUCAGCUGCACCCAAUGUUGAGCCUGCUCAUCGGCCAGACGAGGAGGAGGAGGAGAACAAGAAGUAG